AUGAUUGCAAUUCUUCUACUUAUAGUGUCUUUCACUGCCAUUCAAUGCCAACAAAUCCCAGUGUAUUGUACGUAUUGUAAUAAUAUUCAAACGGAUGGCAAAUACGAUGGCAUUGAUGUCUAUUACUCCACGGUUUACGAAAAGUAUUACAUGUAUAAUAAGAGGUUUGACCCAUAUUUAGUAUAUGCGUUAGAGUGGGAGAUUCACUUCGGGAAUCCCGGUUUCGAUACCGAAUUCAUUGGCCGUUAUUACUACCGAAACCUAAUUAAAAGAUUUAGUGGCAAUGGUUUCGACUGUUAUGUCAAAUAUCAGUCCGGAAACACCGGCGAUAUUGUGACCGAAUGUACUGAUGGCAAGACUAUCAACAACAUCGACACCGACUCUCAAUACAAUCCCAAAGAUCUCAUAUUCCGGGCAACGAAUAAGAGAGACGACAAUUGGCUCAUUGUUUACAACAAAACUGAUGCAAACAUUUGGUGUUAUUCUCCGAAUGAAAGCCCAAAGAAUAGACUCGUGAAGAAUGAGACCAAAUGUCGGGAAUAUGUGAAGCAAAACAAACUAUUUGUCGAUUCCAUGGAUUCAUCGCUUCUGAAGGAUAUCGAGGCUGUCGUCGACUUCGGAUACGAAAACUAUCUUUUGGGUUACACUAUAUUCUUCAAUAUAAACGGCAAACCCAAGUAUUGCGAACAAAUUCUCGGCGGCUCUGAAUGCAAAACAAGGGAUGAUUUGAAAGAGUGGUUAUCGGAGUGCUUCCCACCGGAUUGUACUCAAGAGAAGACGUGUUGGUCCGCG